CUCUUUAUAAACUCUCUCUCUCUCUUCUCUUAUAACACAUCUCUUAUUGGAGUUUAUAAUGGCCGUUGUUUGGAAAACAGUUGUCUGGUACUUUUUACUAUGGUGCGUAGUAGUGUGUACAGCUGCGGCGGAAAGAUCAAAAUUUGGAGGAGAAGAAGCGGCGGCGGAGGCGGAUAGAGUGAAGGACUUGCCGGGAGAGCCGAGAGGGGUGACGUUCCCACACUAUGCCGGCUACGUCAAACUCAGCCCUCACAACAACCACAAGGCCUUGUUCUAUUGGUUCUUUCAUGCUCAGCGUAAUUCUCAUAAAAAACCUCUCGUUCUUUGGCUCAAUGGAGGACCUGGGUGCUCAUCGAUAGCAUAUGGAGCUGCACAAGAGCUAGGCCCAUUUCUUGUCCGAGCAAAUGGAAGCCUAAUUCUUAACAAAUAUUCCUGGAACAAAGCUGCAAACUUGUUGUUCCUUGAGGCACCUGUGGGAGUAGGGUUUUCAUAUACAAACAGAUCGAAGGAUUUGAAUGAACUUGGGGAUCGAGUGACUGCUGAAGAUUCCUAUGCUUUCUUGAGUGGAUGGUUUAAAAGGUUUCCAGCCUUCAAAUCCCAUGAUUUCUAUAUUGCUGGAGAAAGCUAUGCCGGUCAUUAUGUUCCUCAACUUGCUGAUCUCAUUUAUAAGAGAAACAAAGGAGCGCGCAAAGAAAAUUCGUUCAUAAAUCUCAAAGGUUUCAUGAUUGGGAAUGCUGUGAUAAACGAUGAAACAGAUGUGAAUGGAAUAUUUGACUACGCGUGGAGCCAUGCAAUCAUAUCGGACCAGCUCCACCAGAGCAUAAUGAAGGAGUGUAACUCUAAAAAAGAAGACAACCAAACCGUAGCCAAGUGUGCUAUCCACAUCCGAGACUUUUUAGAAGCUUAUGCUGAUAUCGAUAUAUAUAGUAUCUACACCCCAAUCUGUAUCUCUUCUGAUGAUAAUCGUCCUUCUCCAAAGCCAAAACUACAUGUGGCUCCACGCCUCUUCACACAACAUGAGUUAUGGCAUCGUGUCCCGGCAGGAUACGAUCCAUGCACAGGGGAUUAUGCAGUGAAGUAUUUCAACAGAGAGGAUGUUCAGAGGGCCCUACAUGCCAAUGUCACUAAGCUCUCCUAUCCUUACUCCUCUUGCAGUAGUGUUAUUGGGAGGUGGAAUGACUCGCCAGAUACCGUACUCCCCGUUAUUCGAAGGCUUUUAAAUGCUGGCCUACGUAUUUGGAUCUACAGUGGUGACACCGAUGGGAGGGUGCCGGUGACAUCGACGAGAUACAGCAUAAAAAAGAUGGGACUGAAGGUAAAGGAAGAGUGGAGGGCAUGGUUCGAGAAGGAUCAAGUAGGAGGAUGGGUUGAGGUGUACGAAGGUGGCCUCACUCUAGCCACCGUCCGAGGCGCAGGCCACCAGGUCCCUGUUCUCGCUCCUCCUCAGUCUCUUUCUCUCUUCACUCAUUUUCUCUCCCACAAUACGUCUCUGCCACCUUCUAGGUUUUCUAAUUAAUUAAUUAACCUAAUUUCCUAUUAAUUGUUCGAAAUAAUUAAAUAAAUGAACUUCUAUAAUUGGACAGUUUUAUAUAAUAUAUCCUAAUUAUAUCAUUGGGAACUUUUAGAAUA